AUGAAUGCAUACAACACGGAAGGGAGAUACUUGUUAAUAAUAUACGAAAAGGUAUUUAAAAUAAUCUACAUAAAGAAUUUAAAAGACAACAAAAAUGAGAAAGUCAAGGUGCCAUCUCUGUUCAUUUUCCGCGAUAGUGGAAAAUGCACUGAAAAAUUAAUAGAUAAGGAUAAAAUCAGGAAGAAGAGCAAAAAAUUCGGAAGCGUCAUAAGUGAGCUAAUCAUAGACAAUAUAAUUGGUACGAUCGAGGUUAAAGACGAAUUAUUUCUCUUCGUAGUGGAUAAAUGGAAACUCCUGUGCAAAUUUUUUUACCUAAACAAAUAUAGGAGCAUAUAUAAAAUAGAGAAGGUGCAUUACAUCCCUUACAAUAUUAACAUAGUUUCUUUGAAUACCAUUAUUAGCAAUGCGCUGAACGUCGAUGAUAAUUCCAAUAGUUACUUUAUCAACCACCUGGUUAAUCAGGAAGAUAUAGGCAAAGAUUUUGAGGUCAUAAAUAACAGCAGUCAAAGUCACAGCACAAAGGUAGGGAAGUGCGUCAGGAAUCCUAGUGACCACCGGAGUAGAAGCGGAAAUCGCAUAGACAAUCAUGGCGACAAGAUACGCAGCAUCCCGCAGAACGGGAACUGGAACGAUCCCUCCUACGAGCCAGACAGCUCAGACAACGAAAUUGAGAAGAACUACAAAAUGGACGAAGAAAAUAUGUACGGCAAGCAUUUUGCAAAUAAAAGUAGCAAAAUAAAUGGAGAUAGAACUACAAACACAUGGAACAAAUAUGGAGGUGAAUUCGAAAUGGAGGUCGAACCCAUGAAUCAUAGAACCCACACAAGUGACAACUAUAACAAGAAAGAGGAGAAAAAUAAAAAAAUACUCAAUUUUAAUACUGCGAAAAGGUGGCUGACCAACCAGUUCAAUCAUAAAAAUAUUUUGAACAUCAUUUCGGACAUAACGAAUUAUGACGGUCGUGGUGGUGGUGCGGGUGCUGAUGUUGGUGGCAGCACCAUCGGACCUGCUAGUAGCAGCCACACCCGCAGGGGAAUGCAACGAAACGAGGAAGAAAUGAUGAACACGAAUUCGUCCACCCUGGAUGACAACGAAUUUAUGAUGCAAGUGCUGAACGAUAAGGAAAAGUGCGCUCGUCGGGAAAAUGUGAGCAUGUCGAACAGGAUAACCAAUAGUGAACAUAACUCCAGAGGUCUAACCGCGGGGGGAAAGGAAAAUGGCACCACUAUCUACGGUGCGAAUAGUAAUGACGGCAACGUAACUUACGGUAGGAGUGACCAGCAAAGUGUGAGGACAGAACCACACGCCUCUUAUACAAAUAAGGAAGGUGCUCAGACAAAAGAACCCAUUAACACUCCAAGGAUAAAUAUUAACUUGAUUGACGAUUUGUUUACGGAUAGGAAGGAGGACAGUGAGGUAUUGACAGUUGGUGGAGACCAAAUGGUUGGACAAGCAAACCAGUUAAACCACUUACUGAGUGAUUGUCCGAAGGAGUCAUAUCAAAUUGGAGCAAAGAAUAACCACAAUAAUUUUCUAAACUGUGGGGAGAAUGAGAAGAAGUCUAGUUUGUACCCCCCUGGAGGAAGCCUCCCCAGUGACAAAGGUAACAUACUAGGCACAGAAACAGCCGUUGGGGAGGCACCCACCAACCAGAAUAACGAUAGUUACUACCAAAAUUUGAUGUGCAUUUAUAAUGAGGAAAAGAAGGGAGCAGUCAGAUCAAGGAAUGAAAGCGGUAGUGGUAAAGUUGAGGGGGGACACAACUCGUUAGGGAAUCCUCCAAAAAAUGCAGCAACAGAAAGCAAGGGGGAUUUGAAGGACCUCAUUAACAACUCCUACUUCAACGUAAGGAACAACCUUGUUGUGAUGGAAAAUAGCGAAAAUAGUGAGAAGAGGAACUCCUACCCGCUCGGUUUUAAAAACGCAAAUGACCAAAGUAUCAAGACAGAUGAAAAAAAAAUGAAUAUAAAAAUGGACAUGCACAAAAUGUUAAAAAUGAUACAAAAAAUUUUGACAAUUCAUAUGUACUACUCGUACGAUUAUGAUUUAACGCAGUGCAUUCAGAAGAAAACGAAAAAGAAAAUCGAAGAGGUAGAUGUAGAACCCAUGUUUUCUUCAUCAUCCGCUAAUAGAAAAAGGUCCUUCCUAAAUGUGAGCGAAAAAAAUUUCAUGUGGAAUUACCAAAUGAUUAAAAAGGUAAAGUGUAAAUGCAAAAUUGAUGAUAAUUGGUUUUGCUCAGUAAUUCAGGGCUACAUUUCUUACACCUCUAUUGAGAUCAAUAGAAGGUGUUUAGAGCUUCUUCUCAUUAGUCGUCGUUCUUCCGUUUUGGGUGGGACGAGAUUUAAUAAGAGGGGCAUCAAUGAUGAUGGGUAUGUGGCUAACUAUGUAGAGACGGAGCAAAUUGUAAGAAUCAACAAUAGGAACGUUACCUAUUUGAAUCGGUUUGACAAGGCUAACAUGGCUGUAGAUAAUGUGAAGAAACAGAAAGGGGGUGAGGCAAGAGGCUCAUCCGGUGGUACCGAUUUUGGAACCCCAAAUAAGGGUGAAGUGAGCAAUUCGGGGGACGCACAAAAUAACACCGUGGGAGGUGUAGCUCCCCCAAAGGUGGUGCCUCCUACAGCCAGUGUACCAACUAGUGGUGGAAAUAAUACGCAUGAGGGGGAAUCGGAUCCGUUGGGCAAAAUGUCCUCUCCGGUGGGAGAAGGGAAGGCACCCCGUGGGGAAGGCACUGCCGAGGCGAAUAUUAAUAAUGAAACAGUUGCCACCGGGGAGAGCGCCGGACCAACACAGGCAUGCAUCAAUAGUGACAGCAACUUCGAGAACAGAAUAAUCUCCCUAGUCCAAAUAAGAGGGUCGAUCCCCCUCUUCUGGAAGCAACAUUCCAUGUCAUCCCACGUAAACAUACAGCGGUCUUCACUGCUAAGUAUAAAGGCCUUCAAGGAGCACAAUAAAAAGUUGAUCACAAAUUAUGGCAACAAUAUUUACUACAUAAAUCUCCUCAGCCAAAGCAAAAACAACGAGAAAAAAUUGACAAAAAAAAUGAUAGAGCUGAUUAACUAUAUAAAGAAGGACAAGCAUUAUAAGGAGAAAAAUUUUAUUAACUACAUCGAGUAUGAUUUUCACAUUUCCGUAAAGAACAAAAGCUUCGAAGAUGCCAUGAACGAUUUUAUUAAUAAGGUUUUACUGAGGGAGAUAAAGAAUGUGUCUUUUUUUAUGGAAACAUCGAAGAGUGUAAACCAGGAUGGCGCCAAUACAAACAGUAGUAGUAACAACAAUGUCGAACAAGACCACCCGUGCGUUUUUCAAAACGGAGUGUUUAGAACGAAUUGUCUGGAUUGCCUAGACAGGACCAACGUCUUCCAGUACUACUACACGCUAUUCUUCAUGCUGUAUGUAUUGCAUGUGUCAAAAAAUGACAUUUUCCUAAAACCAGUGAAGAAAUCACACCUGUGUUUUUACAAGAAUUUUAAUACACUGUUUAAUAGCAAGAGCGUGACGAUAGUAACUACCCUCCCGACGGAUAGCUACCUGGUGGAGCUUUCUGAGAAAUCUGGCAUAAACAGAAAUUACGAUUACAGCAAAGGCAGCAGCAACAGUAGCUGCAGUUUGUUUGAGGAUUACUGCUAUGUGAACGAGGGGGGAGGAGCCCCCCAGAAUGAUGAAGGCGGGAACGGUGUGAGUAGCGUAAACAAUACGAGCACCCCGAACAAUAUGAGCAGCGUUAAUAAUGAGAGCGGCAUCAACAAUGGGAGCAGCGUUAAAAAUGGGGAAAACAACCUCCAUAACGGUAGCAGCCAACACAGCGGCGGCGGCAAGAGGGAAUGCCUCAAGAGCGAAAUCAUGAACAGAAUGGAAAAGGAGGAAAAGAAGCAUAGAAUGUCCUACAGCAAUUAUGAAAAGGAAGACGAAAGGAAAUUUAACAAUCGACAGGAACAACCUGAAGAAUAUGUACACAUUUUAAAACAUUUUUUUAAAAAAAUGUGGGUAGAAAAUGGAGACAUUAUUAGUACCCAUUAUACGGGUACAGGCAGCGUCUUCUCUUCGCAGAUAAAUGUAGGAAGGUCUUCCCUAAGCACAAACAUUGAUCAUGCGAUAAAAUCGAUUGAGCGGUUCUAUCAAAAUAACUUUGAGGAUAAUUUCAGGCAGGAGUGCAUCGAUAUUAUUCUAUGCACAGGGAAGUAUAGCAAAAGCAAGAGAAGAAAUUUCAUCGGGGCCGAUUUUAACUAUUUUUUAAAUUACGGCAAUUUUAUGAAUAAGGAGGGCUUCCUCGGUUUAAGGGGCAGGAAUAUGGGUCUCUCGAUUCCGUACCUACCGCAUGGAAGGAAUGCGCAGUUGAGGAAUGGGCAGUUGGGCAGUGUGCAUCCGGUUGAGGGGCAGAUAGAAGCCGAACGGGGUACCUCCAAGGAGAAUCACCCCCAGGGAAGAAGCCAACUUAAGCCAAACCAGUACAACACCAAUAGCAGUGAUUCAAGUGAUAAUGGCGUUGAAAAUAGUAGUAGCCUUCUCCAAGAGGAGCAAGACGAAGAGGAAGGGCACCUAACCCGGGGGAGAAGCGAGGAGGGACGAAUUGUAUGGCCCAGCAAAAAUGCAGGAAGGAAGAAGCUGGAAGGAAGAAAUGCUAAGGAGAAGCAUUCCCUGGUAGAUUAUCCUCUCAGCAAAGGCGUAAUUUAUGAGGAUCAAAAAGGGAAGGACGAUGAGGAGGAUUCGGAAGAGCACGAAGAUCACGCAUACCAAUCGUCUCACACGAAGGAGCCACGUAAAACACUAAAAUCGAUGAAACGGGCAAAGAUGAAGAAGACGAAGAAGGUGCACCUGGCGGAGAGCGAAAGCAAGGAGGUUGCCCACUCGAAGAGGGAGAAAGCCUACGGGAAAUCCACUUCCAUGAGUGAUAUGUAUUCUCGAACAAAUGUGAACAAUGACAGUAGUGCUGACAACACACUAAACAGCAACAGUAGCAGUUGCAGCAGUGGCAGCCGAAGCGAAAGUAGCAACUUAGACAGUAACUUGCAGAAAAAGAGGAAGAAGAAAAAAAAACGAAAAAACGUAAACAAAAAGGGCAAGGAAAAAAAGAAUAAAAGCGAUCUAGUCUAUAUGAAAAAUGUGUAUAAGAAAAAAAACUAUAUUUACAACUUGAGGAAUAGGAACAAGUACAGCGAUUAUCUAAGCCACGAUCUUAUAAACCAUUACUACAUGGAUUUUGAUGAAUCCAAAAUGGGCAGUUCUCAUAGGAAGAAAAAAAUGCCCAAUAAUGAUUAUGAGGAGAAAAUUGUAAAACUGUGGGCAGGCACAUGGAACUUAUGUGGAAAUGACUUGUACGAAUUGAAUGACAUUUCUUCCUGGCUGAAUCAGAUCAACGAGUGCAUUGACAUGUAUGUGUUUUGUUUCCAGGAGGUGGUGGAGUUAACGGGAUUUAGAAUUUUGAUGAACAUGAAAGACAAGUUUAAGGAGAAGAAAAUCGAGCAGAAAAUUACACAGUCUUUGGCAGAGAUGUCCCAGAGGCAGAAGGAAAUGUAUAUUAGGAGUAAAAUCGGCACGAUUAACGGUGAGAACAAGCACUCCGUCGACACGCCACACAGUACUUAUGAUAAGGAUGUUGGAAUAAAGAGCGACGGAAUGAAUAAGGAAGAUUACUACGAAAAAUGUUUGAAGUCUUUUAACGAGUCCUACAUGUGCGAGGGCGCACCCUCCGUGGGGAACGCUACGAACACAGUCAGUGCUGUCAAUGCUUCUAAUACUUUGAACGCUGGGAGCUCGACCCAAAAGGGAGAGAGGCGAAGUUUUGAUCAAAAUGGUGUCCUUGACAUUUCGAAGAGUUGCUUCCUGAACAAUUACUUUAACAACUUGGAGGAGGAUCAGGAACAGGUUCACCCUCGUUUCUCUACUGCGUCGGCGUCGCCUAGCGCCCAAGACGAACAGAGCAACUUGCUCAAUGUGAACGUGCCGAACAUCAACAUGAUGACCCAGGAGGACCCCUUCAGUGGGAGCCCCCCCUCGAAUACGCAGCAAAGAAAGCAAAGUAGCAAUUUACUAAAUGUUUUCGAUGAUCGGGAUAACAAUGGCGGUAACCUGCUAGGGGAGAACAUCAUAAAAAGCAAUGACACAAAUAUCAGCUCGAAUAUAAAUGAGCUUUUUGACGGUAGCCCUGUGAGUAGUUUCAAUAGGGAGGCAGACAAUGGCGUGUAUAGCAGCAGAGACGUCUUCAACUUGGUCGAUCAUGCACACGGUGUAAGUAAUCACGUGGGGGAAGCAGGCGGCUGCAAUUCGAACGAUUUCAGUGUGCAUAAUAAAGGACACAGUGAAGAGGAUAAACAGAGUCACAUGAAUCAGAGGGGGGAGAAACUCAACCAUGGUGAUAUGUGUGGCCAAUCUCAAAAUAGGAAGAGAGCAGAGACGAAUAGCGUUCACCUUUCGAGCAUGCAAGAUGUUUUUCAAGAGAGCAAAAAUAGAAGCUCUGUUAAUUUGAUACAACUUGGAGGAGACGACAUGGGUGGUAGUGCUACAUUAAAGAAUUCUGCCAAAACGCACAGCCACGUGGAAGGAAGGAACACGCAGAGGAGUGGUGCUUCAGAUGAUUAUCCUAGCAAUGAUUGUAAGCAUUUGGGAGAACAAAUGCCCUUCCAAAGUAACGACGUUUUUCUGAAGAACGAAUCAAAUAAGUACUUUUUAAAUUUGAAAAAAUUUAAAUAUGUGAAGCUGAAGUCUGUAUCCAUGAUAGGACUCUUCAUCAUCAUUUUUAUUGACGAGGGGUUAGUGGACUACAUAAGAGAAAUAGAUGUGUGCAAAGUGAAGGUUGGCAUGAAGGGCAAUACGGGUAACAAGGGAAGCGUGUCGAUAAAAUUUCGGCUGGGAUUUAACUCCUUCUGUUUUAAUAACAUCCACUUGGCAUCAGGCCAAACGAAUAUCUUCGAAAGGAAUAAUCAAAUGCAAAGCAUUCUUAGCAACAGCUUCCAGAAUCAGGAGAUGAAUAACCUCUUCAACUUCGACUAUUUCUUUGCCUGUGGGGACUUCAAUUUUAGGAUCAAUAAAAGUCAUGAGGAGGUUUUCAAAUCCAUUGCCAAUAAGAAUGCCAACCAGUUGCUGAACUAUGAUCAGUUCAUUUAUAAUAAGCUUUACAACAUUUUGCCUUUUUGCCUUUUCUAUGAGCACCCCAUCAUGUUCAACCCCACAUACAAGUAUAAGAAGAACUCCAACAUGUACGACGUGCGCCGGACCCCCGCCUGGUGCGAUCGGAUACUGGUGAGCGGGAAGCUAAUACACCUGUCUGAGCUGGAAAAGAAGCGCAAGGAGUACAUGGCACAGGAGUUCCAACAGGAGAAGGACGACGUGAACAACAGUAAGACCGACCAGAUGAAGCACACCGAAGCGGAAAAACAACUCACUAGCAACAAUCCUGAGAAUGAUGACCUGAACGAUUUUUACUAUAACGAUAGAAUAUAUUUUAAUUACUUAAAUUACAAGACGCACAACAAUUUCUUCUCAAGUGACCACAAACCGGUGAGUGCAAUUAUAGAGCUAAAAGUUUUUUUCGACAAAAAGGACAUCGAAUAUAAACUUUAUAACUCAUACAGUAUGAAAACGAAUGAUGACUACAACAGUUUUGUAAAAAAUUCGAGCAACACAAGCAACAGUAGUAACAAUAAGAACAGCAAUUUGCUGGACUAUUUUUUUCCCAAUAAUUAUGGCCUAAGCAAAUACACGGCCUACCCCAUCUCGCAAAUUUUAAAUUACUCAAAUAAUUUAAAUAGCAAGUUUAAAAAUGAAAUGAAUGACCAUACGUUUCAUGAGGAUGCGAUGAAGAAUGUGGAUCGACUGGACGAUUUUUCCUGCGCCAAGUGA